UAGCCCACAGAACAUCCACGGGACAAAUUCGAAAAAUCGUGGAGAGUACAGAGAAGUCAUCACCAUUACAGCUGUGGGUGCCGAUUGUCUUCAAACUAUUUACGCUAAUUUAUAGAGGUGUGGUCCUAUACCGUCAACAUAUUUACAAAACAGAUUUUCCCCGCACUGAGCAGCAAACAUGAGCUGGCCCUUGUACGAGAUAGCCGUCAUCACGCCAUUCACGGCCAAUGUCCAAGAUAAGCUGACCGUUGAAGAUGUAUGUCAAGGUCGAAUGCCCCAGGCCACGUACGCAACAAACUACUUGAACUUGCCCGGUGUCUACACAAAGAAUACCCCAAACUAUUUGUCUUUUUCCCGGCCGUACGAAGUGGCUGAAAGCGUGACUGGUUACUCGGUGGAGAGCGUGUCCUCGUGGACGAGAAGCACUGACACCGUGUUUACAGACUCUUCAGUCUCCGAGUUCAAAUCCUGCCAGUCCCACGUCAGUUAUAAAGACAAUGAAGGUCCAGAACUUCGUUUUAUACAAGUACCCAGACAAAAUAACACGAACUGUAUUCCAUCGAACUGUAGCGAUGCCCAAAGUUCGGGUACUGAAAGUUUACAGACGCCUGUUAAUUUGGACAUUGAGACCAUGUUGAUGAAAGUUGCCGGGGACAUUUGUGCCCUGGUACAAGUCCCAGACAGUAAUGACAUUCCUCAACAAACUUUCGAGACUAACACCCAUGACGCUGAGUUAUUUAACGAAGCUGUUAGGUUCAACACAGUGGGGUAUCCGCCAUUAAACAACUUAUCAUUUGAAAAACCUGAAUUGUCUGGCUUUUCGGUUUUAUCGAAAAGUGGGGAGUCGUAUCUGUCUGCGAUGAGUGUGUGUCGGGACAGCGAUGCCAGUUCUUCCGCCUUCAGUAGCUGUAGAGUGUCCAGGGCGUCGAGUCAAUGCGACUUGCACGAAUUGGGAAAUCCCGAAGAGAAUUUCGCGGACGUUGAAUCGGCCGAGUACGACUCGCUGGCGCCGAAGUUGAAAGUGAAACCGAAACUACGAAACAGGAAGCCGAUGGCGACCAUGUUCACGCCCCCUCAGACUCGGGACGACUCCGGAGCGAGUAAGGUUAAAACAGAUCUACCCCGGCUGAAACUGGUGGAGACGGACGAGCAGAGCGGGUUCGAAUCCGGAAGCCGGGCGUCCAGCGGGUACUGCGAUAGCCCGACGCUGUCGUCUGCUUGUUCUGAACACGAGUUCUCAUACCUGAAUCCGCUCUGUAAACCUUUCGUGCCGAGGUCGAACCUAUCCCAGGAAUACCUUUCUUCAGGUUUGUCGUCGUCUGAAAGCGUAGGUUCCCGCGAGAUUUGGAACUUCACACAUUUGGUACAGCCCUCGACGGAAAACCUUGCACGUCUGCCUGGGAAUUCUGCAGUCUUUGAUAGCGGAAUUGAGCAGACUAAUCUUUGGAAUACGACUCAUGCCAGCACGCACUCCUCAUCCUUGCAACAGACAUUCGACGAAGCAGCAAUGCCGGAAACUGUAUUUGAACCCAAAGGUAGUCAUUGCGUAAUUCCUGACAUCGUAAUACAACCGCAUUCAGAUUUUAAGGACACUUCAGAUUUGUGCCCGUACAGAUGUAAACUUGUACAUAAGGGAGAUUUUACGCCCAUUGACCAGCUGAAGAAAGAAUCGCUCCCUAAGGACUUUCAAACAACGAAACAUCUAGACCAAGUAGUCACAAUAUCUCAACGAGUUGUAAAAUUACGUCUGCGGAAAUCAUUUGCUUUUGAGCCUUUAGAACCGGAGUUCAGCCUGUGUAAUUCAUGUACUGAUAGUUCAACCCACACGGAAAAUUCCGGCUACGAACAUUUCGGCACUGGGUUUGCAUGCAACGUUAACGAACACUAUAUUGAAAUCCGAACGCAUUACAAAAUGGUAGGCUCACCGGAAGAAGCGGAAAAGACUGAGGUCACUUUCUCUUUGGCUUUUCCGGAUGGCGGGAAAUGUGUGCAAAUACUUUGCCAGGGUCAAAGGGAGGGCUUCCACAGACCCGCCCACUCGCAUGUGACAGUCUUCACUUGUCUGACUCCGCGAAGCUUGCUGCCAUUUUUGCACUUGUUCACCCAAGUUCCAUCAAGGUGUCGCUCCAGCCUUUUCAACGACUCAUGCUAUUUCAGCGAUUCCAGUUUAGAUUCCAGCACCUCUGAGACCUCGACGCCAAGCGCACCGAAAAACGGCGCAGAAAAUAACGCUACAGACUUGCACAGCAAAGAUGGUGCGAAACAUUCUUCCUACGCCGAGGUUGUCGGUAACGCAAGACAUGAAAACAAAUUCAGCUUCGCGGAUUCUCGACUACCAAAUUUGACUGAAAUUUCUCGCGAGUUCCAUGAUGACACAAUUCACGGCGGGAUUCGAACCCCAACCACAUCGUUUACUGGUGGAAGAGUAGCGUCUCCUCUGGCGAUUAUAGAGAGAAGGCUAAAAGACAAAGAGAAGAUUGGGUGUUGUCCAUACAGCGAUGAGGCCACCUUUGGAACGAACGGACUCUACACGCAUUUCUCCAGUUAUGCAGGUGAUGUGCUGUCUCAGACUGAACUCUUCACAAAGCCGUUACUAAGGGUCGCUACCCCGCUCAGCAAUCCCUCCCCUCUUGAGUCGUCAUGGGAAUACGAGGCUUUGAUAUACGCACAGAGCUUCCAUAGAGAUGCCUACAACAGAUUGCACAAGCCAGCCACAAACGUCAACAGAAGUUCGUCUCUGUCGAGCUGGUCCAAUUCCAACCAAUGGGAUGAUCAACUUUUGUCAGGUGACACUGGGCUAGGUCAAACCCUUGUGAGCGAUCAAGUCAAUGCGCACUAUUGGAAUCUCCUUAAUGAAAACAAUUCGUUUUACUCAACAGGUGACAGCUAUUUGAAAACAUGGGACAAAGAUCUGAUUAACGUUGAUGAAAAUCUGUAUCCACUUGCUGAAUUUAAUCAUUUCGAAAAAAUGGUGAACGACAUUCUUGACGAAGGGGAAAGUCAGAAAACAUGCUGUCGAAAAAGUUAUACGGAAAAUCAGCCACGACACAGAAGAAAUAGUUUUGGGAAUUCCCAUUCUAAUAAUACACAUUCGAUCAUAAUCUCGCACCCCCAUGGAGGACGGAAAGUAAUUUCCUGUGGCAGUUUCUCGAGCCAUUUCCACAUCGGCGGAGAUUUGUACGACACCCCGACCUGCAUGGGGUGCUGUGGUGCUCCCGUCUUAACGUUUUCCGGCGAAGACGUGUACGUAACGCAUCUGGUUCACGCUGGUACAACCAAAGUGUACGGAGUCACCAGCGGAAUGGGCGUGUCGUUUUUCUACUCAAACUAUUAACUAGUAUUAACGUCUGUGAUGAUCUACCUCUACUCUUAAAUGUUCAUGUUCAUAUUUUUAUAACGUAUUUAAAUGCAUAGUUUUAAAUUUUCCUAUACAAGGAAAUUUUUACAUAUUUUUAAACUUGCUCAGCGAAUUUUUCUUUACAUUU